CCCACUUUGAUUUCCUCCCCACCACGUCGACACACGGAAAAAGGAAUCCUCUGCAGCAACGCAUACGAAUGGUUUCCAAUCUCUUAAUCAUCCAACCGUCCAAAAACACCCCUAUCACAAUCUAACGGCCACGAAGAAGAAUUUCCCAAACGAUCUCGACGGGUCCCAGCAUGGUUCUCGAAGUAUGCGAUUAUUUCCUCUCUCGUCAUGCAUUUGGAGCAGCAAGUCCAUUGGCCACUAGAGCGUCAGAGCAGUGAGCAUUCCUGGAAAACUUUUUCCUCUCUUUCCCAGGCUCCUUCCCCAGGAAGUUUUCCUUCACACGGUGGCCGGAGCUCGGAAGUUAUUCUUCUCUCUCGCUCUCUUCACGGUGGCCGAGAGACAUGGAGUCUCGUCGGAGGAUCCCGCUCGGAAAUAGACCAACGCUGAAGACGCCGACCUCGGCUACCGAUGAUGAUUCUGGUCUUGCAAACUUUAAGCGGAUUAUGGAGGAAUUGAAUGCCGGUGCGUAUGGAAGCGUUAGUGAUACGAUACGGGAUCUCUGCAAGCGGAAACUUGCUGAAUUCUCUAAACGUUCGGCCGCGAAGAUGGAUGCUGCUGCUUCGAGUAAUGUUCCUGAUGCGAAAAGGAUUCGGGGCAUGAACGGUUUAAAGGAGCAUCAUGAUGUCUGCUGCAUCUCUGGGCCAGCAGCUGCUGCACAUACAGUUGUGAUUCUAGAUUCUGACGAAGAAGAUAAUGGAGAAGACACAGCCAACGGUCAGUUUCAGGGUGUUGUGCAGACUAAGCUUGAGGAACAGUGUUUCUCUGAUACGGAGGUAAGAGAAUCUAUAGCGACUUCAUCGCCAAAACAUGCUGUCGCUGAUGAUACUGCUGCCUGCAAAGGAGAUGAAGCUGCCCGAACUGAUAUUGAGCCUGACAAAGAGAAGGACAAGAUGAAUUGUGUGAUUCCUCCUAAUUUAUGUCAAGAUGAGAAGACGAUCAUAGAUUUGGAAACUUCAGACACACAGCAUGCUGAUGUGGGUGACUACUCUGUAACAAGUGGUGCACCAGCUCAAGCAGAAGAAACUGUUGUGGUCUUGGAUCUCGAUGAGAAUGAAUCCGAUGGCAGUGUCGUGGACAUGGAUAUUUCCCCCUUGCGUGAGGUUGUCCUGGCAAGUCAAUUUGGAGAAUUUUCUGCGGAGAAAGAGGUUGGAGACUCUAUUGAGAUCGGAAUUCUAACCUCGGAGAACCUUCCUGAUGGUACUUACUGCAAGGAAAACUGUAAGUCAGGAAGCGUUGCCGAUGAAACUGGCGGCAAGGGGAAUGAGGCUGAUCGCACUGACUGCAAAGAAGAUACGGCUGUUAGUAAUGGUGAGAAAAAUGAUGAUCCGAUGCUUAGAGAGACUGGACCGAAAACUCGUGCUGAUGAUACUAACCACAAGGAAGAUUCAGUUCUUGACACUCGCGCGACCAAUAAAGAACUUGCUUUCUGGCAUCCUGAAGAUGACAGUACACAAAGUGACAGUGAUGAAGAUGGUUUGGGGAACCUAUGGAAUGAGAUGGCCAUAGCAUCGAAAUUCACUGGGGAACCCGAGGAGUAUCCUCCGUCUAACUUAUCAAUCGAAGAUGAUGAUGAUGAUAGCUGUGACCAUGAUUACAUUCACAAGGAAGACAUUGGCGAUGUAUGUCGCAUUUGUGGGUUUGUAGGUCGAGACAUCACUUCAGUAAUUGACGUCCAGUUCUUUAAGGCGAAAAAGUAUGUGCGCAACUAUGCUUCCAGUUCCCGGAAUGCCAAGGAUAAGACCACGAACGAGGAGAUUCGAGUUCAGGAGGAUGACGUUACAGCCGCCGCCAUGUACCCUCAUCCAAGGCACCAGAAGCAAAUGAAGCCUCAUCAAGAAGAAGGCUUCAAGUUCCUCUGCAGCAACUUGGUCUCCGAUGAUCCUGGGGGAUGCAUAUUAGCUCAUGCACCUGGAUCAGGCAAAACCUUCUUGAUCAUCAGCUUCAUCCAAAGCUUCCUUGCCAGAUACCCCAAGGCUCGACCACUUGUUGUGCUCCCGAAAUCAAUCCUGCAUACCUGGAGGAAAGAGUUCGAGAAGUGGAAUGUGGAAGACUUUCCCAUUUAUGAUUUCUACACUUCGAAAGCUGAGGGUCGUGCUCAGCAACUGGAGGUCCUCAAAAAUUGGGUUGAUCAGAAAAGUGUGCUUCUCUUGGGUUACAUGCAAUUAUCCUCCAUUAUAUGCGACGAGGGGACAACCAUGGAGUGUACCAACUGUCAGAACAUUCUCCUACAUCAACCAUCCCUUCUCGUUCUGGACGAAGGCCACACUCCGAGGAAUGAGGGGACAAAUGUUCUCCAAUCUCUGGUGAAAAUUCGGACACCGAGAAAGAUCGUGCUCUCAGGCACCCUCUAUCAGAAUCACGUCCAGGAAGUUUUCAAUGUACUGAAAAUCGUUCGUCCCAGCUUCCUGAAGCUAAACGACACUCCAUCCAUCGUCAAGCGCAUUCUCAGCAAAGCAUCCAUACCAACAGGGAAGAAGGUUAGAGGUAGCGGCGCCGAUGCCACGUUCUACGAGGCCGUGGAGCAUACUUUGCAACAAGACGGUGACUUCAAGAGCAAGGUCUCCCUAAUCCAGGACCUCCGAGAGAUGACCAGAAAAGUCCUCCAUUACUUCAAAGGUGAUUUCUUGAGUGAGCUUCCAGGGCUGGUCGACUUGACCGUGGUGCUCAAGCUCACAGACAGGCAGAAGCACGAGGUGGAGGAGAUGAAGAAAGUGAAGUGUAAAUUCACGAGAGCCGUGGUUGGUGGUUUAGUCUGGCUUCACCCGAAACUGAAGAACCUGAAGAAGAAACUGAAACCUGCAGCUACUAUCGAGAACGACGCCAUGGACAAGCUGCUGGAGGAUCUAGACACCAGAGACGGAGUGAAAACCAAGUUCUUCCUCAACAUGUUGGCUCUAUGCGAGACGAACAAUGAGAAGAUGGUGAUCUUCAGCCAGUACCUACCGCCACUGAAGUUCUUGGAGAGGCUGCUGACGAAGCUGAAGGGCUGGACUCUGGGAAGGGAGAUGUUCAUGAUAAGUGGGGACUCGUCCUCUGAACAGAGAGAAAGGUCUGUGGAACACUUCAACAACUCCACGAAUGCUAAGGUUUUCUUCGGGUCAAUUAAGGCGUGUGGCGAAGGGAUUUCAUUGGUUGGAGGGUCGAGAGCGAUCAUUUUAGAUGUUCAUCUGAACCCUGCUGUCACUCGUCAGGCUAUAGGGCGAGCGUUUCGGCCAGGACAGACGAAGGUGGUGUACGUCUACAGGCUGAUCGCUGGUGGAUCCCCGGAGGAGGAAGACUACAAUACGUGCUUCAGGAAGGAAGCAAUCUCGAAGCUGUGGUUCGAGUGGCACGAGUUCUGUGGGUUUAAGGAUUUCAAGGUGGACUGUGUUGAGUUGCAUAAGUGUGGUGAUAUGUUCAUGGAGAGUCCUUUGAUUGCUGCAGAUGUACGUGAUCUGCACAGAAGGUAGAUCGUGAUUCUGACUAGGGAAACCCAAAUUGAAGAAGCUGAAGUAUAGGUAUUAGGUGACCCUUUUUUUUGCUAGUGGAUCGUUUUGCAACUACAGACUGCUCUUCUGUUGUAACUCCAAUUCUCUUCCUGUCAAAGUUACCUCUAAUUCUCACCCCAAACCUUAAACGUGGAGGUUUAGGGAGGCUAAUUUUAGUCGUUGCUGACCACUUUUGCGUCGUUCUAUGAGGUGUUUUGGUUAUAUGUAUAUAUGCGGUUCUUGGGGAGAUCAGAUGAACUAAUUUAGCAGAUUAUUGUGGUCUUUACAUCAAACAGCAUCUGGUUUUGUGUAAUGCUAACCAUUAACUAGCAUCAGAGCCGUCCUUAUUGGUCGAGUUUUCUCGUACUUGGUUCGCAAC